UUGAAUCCAUUUUGGCACGUAUGGCCUUCCAUACACUCUUCAGCGUAUAAUAGGGAUCCUGCGUCUCUGCUGCGUAGUCACCACUCGGAGCGCUUUUUUUUUUUUUAUCAGCUGCUGCUGUUAUACAAACUCGCAGGGAUAUCAACCGAGCUUCCAUCUAUUUGUUUUGAUUCCCAGAGGGCCGAAAAAUCUACGCUGUUUUCGUAAUUUGUGUAUUUUAGAGAUGGACGCACUUCCGGAUGAUGAGCGCUGCGAGGUGGCGGACCGAGCCGGACCGGAUGGCGCUGAGAGCCGCGAGCUGAAUGGAGCAAAGCGUCUGCGCAUCGUCUGGAGAAACGUUAUUCUCAUGAGUAUGCUUCAUACCGGCGCACUUUACUCCCUGCUCCUCAUCCCCAAAGCGCAUCCCUUCACCUGGAUCUGGUCCUAUAUAUGUUUCAUGAUCACAGCCCUUGGGAUUACAGCUGGGGCCCAUCGCUUAUGGAGUCACAGGUCUUACAAAGCCAAACUGCCUCUAAGGAUCUUCCUGGCUGCUGCCAACUCCAUGGCCUUCCAGAACAAUAUCUUUGAAUGGUCCAGAGAUCACAGAUCCCAUCACAAGUACUCAGAGACAGAUGCCGACCCCCACAAUGCAAAGCGAGGCUUCUUCUUCUCACAUAUAGGCUGGCUGUUGGUGUAUAAACACAAGGACGUGAUUGAGAAAGGCAAGCGGCUGGACCUCAGCGAUCUGCUGGCUGAUCCUGUUGUUGUGUUCCAGAGGAAAUUUUACAAAAUAUCAGUGCUGGUGAUGUGCUUCCUCCUGCCCACUAUGGUGCCAUGGUACUUCUGGGGUGAAAGCUUGUGGAACUCAUACUUCCUGGCCUCCAUCUUACGCUACACCAUUUCUCUUAAUAUCACCUGGUUAGUCAACAGCGCUGCACAUAUGUACGGCAACCGGCCCUACAACAGGAAUAUCAACCCUCGAGAAAACCAGCUUGUCACGUUUGGAACUUUUGGGGAAGGUUUCCACAACUUCCAUCACACAUUUCCUUUUGACUAUGCGGCCAGUGAAUUUGGCUUUCGUUUCAACCCCACCACGUGUUUCAUCAAUCUCAUGUGCUGCCUUGGCCUUGCCAGCAACCGGAAGAGAGCCACACCUGAGAUGAUUAUGGCUCGGAAGCUAAGAACAGGUGAUGGGAGCGCUUGAUAACCAAACGCAGCAUAGUUCUCUCCGCACUGCUUAUAUAUCAGAACGGCAAUGUAAAAGUGGAGUGCUGUGUUCUUUGUUUAAAAUGUCUUUACUUCUAAUCUGUCACAGAGCAGUUAAUUAUAAACAAGAUAACCAUUUUGAUGGCUUAGAUUUAGCUGGAACCUCGGGACAUUUUUGACUGUUUCAUAGGAAAGUAGAUUUCAGUGUGAAUCUUUUUGUUGCAUAUCUUUCAGAAUUCAUUGGUGUUUGAUUUUUCUUAGGAAAUCCAUGUAACUUUAGCAUUAUCCAAUGCAUACACCUAUUUUUGUAGCAUACUUAAGGUAGGGUACAUUAAUGCUAUGUUUGCAUUUGCCCAAUACUACACUAUAAAGUGAUAUCUUAAUCUUAUUUUCACUAUAAUCUGCCAUGUGCAGGCUUUGCCUUAUAUUUGCUGCUUUUUGUAAUAUUACCCCAAAAACGGCACUUUAAUAAAGAAAAGUUCAUGUUUUUUGUGAACACAAGGCCUAAUUGAUCCAAAUGAUAAUGAGUAAAUUUGCACUAUUUGAGCACCCAUUCAUGCUAGAAAAAUUGUAUGUCUGCUCAUGUUAUAUAUUAGCUAUCAGGUGCAAGAUAACAUGGCAGAAGAUCACUAAAAAGAAAAAAAUUAAGUGAAAUCAACUGUCAAUUUUCUCCUGUUGCUAAUAUUAAAAUACAUAUUAUAGGAAAAUUUGCACAGAUUUUGUAGGAAUGCAAGGAAAAUGUGUAUUUUAUUGUCUCCCAUUUUAAAAUCUGGAUUGUACAUGUUUGUUACAUGUUGGUCACAUUAAUGCCCUGGGUUAUUACAUAUUUCAUAUAUGAUUUAUAGCCUAUUUUUAGAUUACUAUUACAUAAAACACUGGAAAAUGCAUCACAUGAGUAGAAAUGAUUUGCUUUCAUUCACAUCAGAAUUUUGUAGAGAAGCAGAUUUUCUUCAUACCUAAGAGUUUUUCAUGUGUAGAUGCCCAUAAGUGCAUUAACGUGUGGCUGUGUAACUUCUUGCUCUGUGUACAUCAGUGCAUGUAACUACUUUUGUCUUUAACAUGAUAUAAGAACGAAGUUUCUUUUAGAUGCCAGGCAAACCGACUUUUUCUUGCAAGUAUUUUUGCAACAUUGUCACCACAGUGUUGUUAAAAUAUAUUAUAUAAUAUAUGAUAAGUUGAUUUGUUCUUGACACUAACAUAAGCAAACAAAUUUGCAUACCUUUUAUUUGACAUAGUUUAAAGAAGUUAAAGGAAAAGUUUGCUCUGAAACACAGUAAAUGUGUGUAUAAUAAAUUAUUUGUGAUGUA